GUGGUGUAACUGUACAUAAUCUCUCUCGCCGUCUGCUACACUCUGCAAAUAAACUGAACAAUCUUUGUUGUCAACAAAACCUUUUCUUUCAAGUGUACUUAGGUCACUGAAAGAAGAAAGAACAACAAUGGCGGAAAAAGCAAGACCCAAAUCUCAAAGUACACAGACUGAGAGCGCCAUGUCUCCUUUCUUCAGCCAGUUACUGGACCCAGCAAACUUGGAGUAUUUGUGGCCAGCUUUACUGAUUGUUGUUUUCCUUGGGUUGGUGUGGACGAAAAGCCGCCGGACUUGGAUGCUUGUGGACGCCCUGGCCAUGGUGGCCUGUGGGCUGGCGCUUUUGUUCGUCCCGGAGAAAGUAUUUGGUCUCAUGUUGACUAAUCCGGUGAAGAUGGAUCUUUUCUUGACGGCCCUUUGUCGGAUAGUUGCCGCGGUUGUCUUUGGAUCAGGUAUAGUCUGGAUAUGUCUGCGCAAAUCAACUGACAACUACACACAGAACAUGCUACUUGGUACCAGAGUGGUGGGGACCUGUGCUAUGCUAGUCGCAACGCAUGUUUUACAGAGUGAGGAGCAAUUAAUCAGUGACAAAUUUUCCCGGCUUGCCAUGUUGGACUGCAGCUUGUGGAUGCUCGGCAGUGCUUAUUUCUUCAUGUCGGCCAAGAAUUACGGCGGCCACUCCCAACUGGACAGCUGGCUCAACCUCCAUCUCAGGUUGGAUUUCCUCUUGACGCUGAUGUUUGGGCUGGUCUGGUUUGCCUUCCCAGAAUUUGUCAUGAAGAUGCAUUCAACAGGUGUGAAGCCAGCGGCAGUGCACACCCUUAUGGGUCAGAUUGUGGGAGCGAUGAUGAUUGGCUCAGCCAUACUCAGCGCUGUAGCUCCGGGCUUCAUGUUCCAUGAAGACAAGAGAAAUGUCCUACUCUGCAAGAUUCUGACUCUGCUGUUGAUUGUCGUGAUGGCUCUCUCAUCCCUCGAUCACUCCAAUAUUGGCCGAGGUGUGAUGCUGAGUCACCUCAUGGGCGUAGUGUGGGUCAUCAACGCAGCGAUGGGAUACUUCGCUCCCCAUGAGACAGACGGCUACCUCAGUGCAAGGAAGAAUGCCAAAACCGAAUAGGCAGGGUAAAGGUUAGAGGUCAUUACAAUAGAUCAAUCCACUAAGAGCAAGUUUGAGUGUGCACCAUGGUUAACUAAAGGUUGAGUAUUUUGACUCGAACCCAGGCUGGUCAACCAUUG